AUCGCCAUUGUCGGCGGCGGUAUCGCUGGACUUACCCUCGCGCUGAACCUGCUCAAGCUGUCCAAAUCCUCAUCCUCGACAACGCCCUUAUAUACCGUCACAGUCUACGAGUCUGCCCAUGCCUUUGGCGAGAUCGGAGCAGGAGUGUCUUUUGGGCCCAAUGCCAGCCAUGCGAUGAAGUGCAUCGGGCCUGAGGUGUAUGCAGCAUUCGAAAAGACGGAGACGACAAACCAAUUUGACUCGAAGAAAGGCGUAUGGUUUGACUUCCGCUUCGGCGAGAGCGUCGACGGCAGGUACAAAGUGGAGGGCGAGGCGGAGACGAGCCCUGAGGACCGCACCGGAGAGCUCAUCGCGACCGUGGAGUGUAAGAACGGCCAGCGGGGCGUCAAGAGGAGCGACUUCCUCGACGAGCUGAUCAAGCACGUUCCCGAGGGCGUAGCCCAGUUCGGCAGACGUGUUACCCACUACACGACGACAACCCCGCCCGCCGGCAGCCAGGUCGUGCUCCACUUCAAGGAUGGCUCAUCCGCGACGCACGACGCUGUCAUUGGCUGCGAUGGCAUCAAGUCCAACAUCCGCAAGACGCUGCUGGCCUCGACGCCCAGGCCUGAGGCGGCUGAUGCGGUGUAUAGCGGCAAGUUCUGCUACCGUGGGUUGAUUCCCAUGGAGGAGGCUGUGGCUGCGCUGGGUGAAGAACCGGCCAAGAACGCACAGAUGUACUUGGGGAGGCACGCUCACAUCUUGACAUUCCCGAUCGAAGGGGCCAAGCUGAUGAAUGUCGUUGCCUUCAACUCGUCCAAAGAAUGGACAGACCCGAACUGGGUUGUCAGGGCCGACCACGAGACGCUCAAGGCCUCCUUCUCGGGCUGGUCCUCAACCGUGACCAAGAUUAUCGGCUUGAUGCGCCAAAACGACAUCUGGGCCCUCUUCAACCACCCGCCCGCCUCGACAUACGUGUCUGACGAUGGCCUGGUUUGUCUGAUCGGCGACGCCGCCCACGCCACGACCCCUCACAAGGGCUCGGGCGCCGGCAUGGCUAUCGAGGAUGCCUACAUCUUGGGCAACCUGGUCGCGGAGGCGUUGACGAGAAGAGGAGGAGAGGGCCAGAAGAAGAAUGUGGACAAAGCGAUCUCGGCUGCGUUCCGAACGUACGACACAACGAGGAGGGAGAGGACCCAGAGGCUGGUCGAGGAUUCUCGCGAGACGGGGACGGUCUACGAUUUGGAGCACCCUGAGUUCGGCUGCGACAAGGAGAAGCUCAAGGCGUCGCUUCUCACUCGGAUGGAUUGGGUGUGGCAGCACGAUGUCCAGGAGGAAUUGGCACAGUCCCUG